UCUUCUUCUCCUUCUUGUCUUAUUAGAUAUAAUUUGCCCUCCAGUUCUCCAGUAUUUACAAGUUCUGCCCUCCUCCGCCCUCUCCGUUGGUGCUCAAACCACCACCAGCACAACCACCAGCUCCGGUCUCUGACGCCGGUGAAGGUGACGGGCAGCCUCUCCUCCGCCGUGGAAACUUCAGGUUCAGGCAAUAGCAGUCAAGUUGAGGAAGGAGAGAAGAAGCUGCUACUCCAAGUCAAGGAUUUAACGGCGGUGAUUGCCGAAUCGAAACAGGAGAUUCUCAAGGGUGUUAACCUCACCGUCUACCAAGGAGAGGUUCAUGCCAUAAUGGGAAAGAAUGGUUCAGGGAAGAGCACUUUUGCCAAGGUUCUGGCUGGGCAUCCGGAAUACGAAGUUACAGGAGGCAGUGUGGUGUUUAAAGGGGAAAACUUGCUGGAAAUGGCAGCGGAAGACCGGUCGCUUUCUGGGCUUUUUAUGAGUUUCCAGUCUCCAGUUGAGAUCCCUGGUGUCACCAACAUUGAUUUUCUCAACAUGGCUUACAAUGCCCGCAGAAAAAAAUUAGGACUGCCU